AUGGCAGUGUGGGAGGAAUACUGGCAACAGGUCAAGAUGCUGCUGCUGACUGUCAUGUUUAUCUCCUGUCUAUUGGAUGCAGUCAACGGCCUACGGUGCUACCAGUGUGUGGGGAUGUUCCACGAAUGUGUCCAAUCAGAGCAAUUGUGCACGCCGAGGGAUCGCUCCUGCUUCUCAUCUACCAUCAAACUUUUCUAUUCAAAUAACUACACAGGAGUCUUUUUGCUUCCAGAUCUGGAAAUUGCUGAGUAUGUGAUGAAAGGCUGUUCAGGGGAAGGUGUAUCUAACCGCACAGCUAAUGUCUACUCAGAAGACGACCAUGAAGUACACAACACAUAUUAUUGUGACUCUGAUCUCUGCAACAUCCGGUUCACAGGUGCUCCAGCCAGCACUCAUCAAGUGGCCAAUGGCAUGGAAUGCUACAGCUGCUUUGAUCGGGGCACAGGGGACUGUGCUCAAGGGAAUGCUACUCGGGUCAAGUGUUUGGGGGACAUGAACCAGUGCAUGGAUUUUACUGUGAUCAAUGGUGCCUGGAAAAUGACGUACCGGACAUGUGCCCUGGAGACUUUGUGCCGCCGACAGUAUAUGCUGCCAGAACUCUCAGGGAGGCUGGAGAUCAGCUGCUGUUCUACUCCUCUCUGUAAUGAUGGGAGGCCUGGACUUAAGAGCAUCUGCAGUCACUUCUCAGAGCAAGGGGUCAAGAAGAAGCCUGAGAAUGGCUUGGAAUGUGCCAGUUGCUGUGAUUCAGGCCAAGGUGAAUGUGCCCAUGGAAACUGGACUCAUGUCAAGUGUGUUGGGGAUCAGAACAUGUGUGUGAAUGUCACAGAGGGAGGCCAAACAUUGAUGCGUGGCUGCAGUUUGGAGAAGCUUUGUUGGGAGAAGCCACAGUUGCUGGGCCUGGACCGAAAUUCUUCUAUCCGCUGCUGCCCUGGCUCUCUCUGCAACAGAAGUGUGGCCCCAGCUGGAGGUGCUGCAUUCAUCCUUCUGCUCCUGCUUUUUGGGCUGCUCUGA